GGUUGACGAUUCAUGCAUGUCAUGAUGGCUGUGAUUAGUUAGUCUGGCUGGUAAUGGUUCAUCAAUCAAUCGAUAACUAUUGUUUAAAAUCGAUUUCUGGAUGUAACUUACAUAUUUUGUAUUUGUGGGUGGAUAGGCUAGAUCGCUUAAAUUCAUACUAAUUUGCUGUGAAUGGGCAGAAUAAAACAUCGUCUGCAGAUCGAAGAUUAGAUGAGGACUGCUUUUCAUCUGAUAGUCAGAGAGUCAAUAUACGACAUUAAGGUAACAGCAUAAGAACGAUUGAUGACUUCAUUUUCACCAUCAUCCACACCUGGGAUGUAAACGCUUAGAGACAGACAAGUGUCUACUCACCGUGCAAUAAAAAUGUGCAAUAAAUUAUCAAUAGGACCAUUACUAAAAACAACCAAAGAGUAACCGUCAUGGUGCUAGGACGGCGGUAUGUGCAUCGACGGUGCCGGCCCACACGAAUGAUCGUGUUAUGUACAGUUAUGAUACUGGGCUAUGUGACCAUGCUGUUCACAGGGCCUAGCAAAGAAGAACAUCGAGAUGAAUUUUGGAAGAAUGAUGGUGAAAUCAUUUCUUUCAUGCCUAACUUACAAACAAGACAUUUACUCGCAAACGGUAGCCUGUAUCCUGAUGAUGUUUUCUCCCGUGAGCAGAGGUUACAUGGAGCGAUUAUAUUACAUAUUAGUGGAAUGAUUUAUAUGUUUAUUGCCCUUGCAAUUGUUUGCGAUGAAUUUUUUAUACCUGCUUUGGGGGUGAUAACUGAGAAACUUGAACUCUCGGAUGAUGUUGCGGGAGCAACUUUUAUGGCUGCGGGUGGUAGCGUCCCCGAACUUUGUACAAGUAUUAUCGGGGUGUUUGUAUCGGCCAGUGACGUGGGUAUUGGUACGAUUGUGGGUUCGGCAGUGUUCAAUAUUCUUUUUGUUAUCGGAAUGUGUGCAGUGUUUAGCAAAGGCGUACUGGAGCUUACGUGGUGGCCCCUGUUUCGCGAUGUUUUUUUCUACAUUUUAAGCAUCAUAAUUUUGCUAUUAUGUUUUAAAGAUAGUUUAAUUGACUGGUUUGAGUCUUUAGUGCUGUUAAUGAUGUACUUUUUCUAUGUACUGUUCAUGAAAUUUAACCACACAAUAGAAAGUUUUGUGAAAGGGCUAUUGAAUCGUAACCGUAUCAAAAAUGAACCCGGAGAGAAAAAGGUUAAUGGCCACAAUGGGAGGACAAGGAGUAUGCCGAUUCUCUGUGCUGGCCCACUCUAUAGGCAUGGUGCAUUGCAGUUAAUGCUUCACACACUGGACCCUCUAAGUGAUUCCACCAUUGAUCAGAAAGCAAAAAACAUGAGUGCAAUUGCCAAGUCUCCGCCCCGUAAGAAACCGAUAACAAAUGGUAAAAGCCAACUGAACUCAACGGACUCAACCAGUUUCAAUGCAAGCCAGGGCUCUUUGACAUGUUUUGUGAAUGCAGAGACGGUACCUGGACAAAUGUCCAACGGGGAUCAGAUGACUAUUUCCACGUCGGCGAAUUCGAGCACACAACUGCAGAACGCUGAAAUUAGUGGCGAGGUUAAUCUUGGUGUUUCAGAAACAAAUUUUGAUAACGGUUAUAUGAACGGAAACCUGAAUACAGGAGUUGAGGAGCAACUGGAUACAGUACAGCAGGAAUGUGACCUUGAAGAAGAGGAGGAACCAUUAGAUAUCAGCUGGCCAGAUUCAACCAGACGACGGAUAACAUACGUGCUCUUAGCACCUCUUGUAUUUCCUAUGUGGUUAACAAUACCCGAUGUUCGAAGACCAGAUAAGAAGAAAUACUUUAUAGUGACCUUUAUUGUGGCUCUGCUGUUUAUUGCUGUGUUCUCGUACCUCAUGGUCUGGUGGGCAACUGUAGUGGGACAAACGUUUGGUAUAUCCGAUCCUGUCAUGGGUUUGACAUUCAUUGCAGCUGGCACCAGUAUUCCCGAUCUGAUUACAAGUGUGAUAGUGGCAAGGAAAGGCCUGGGGGAUAUGGCUGUCUCCAGUUCUGUUGGUAGUAACAUUUUUGAUGUAACAAUUGGGUUACCAUUUCCAUGGAUGCUGUAUUACAUAAUUUAUUGGGAACCUGCUAAAGUGUACAGUGAUAAUCUGUUCUGCUCGAUCCUUCUUCUGUUCGGCAUGAUUGUGUUUGUUAUGAUCAUGAUCAUCGCGUGCAAGUGGCGUAUGACGAAGAUGCUGGGCGCUUCUAUGUUUAUGCUGUACGCUGUGUUUCUAACAGUAGCACUUUUGUUCGAGACAAGCGUCCUUGAUUGUCCGUUUUAAUACUGGCAGCCAGCCAAAUAUUCAUGAUAUUUUUAAGCGAGCCCUGAUUCUAAUAAAAAUCAUUAAGGUGGUAGUGGUUUUUAUGUGAUUAUUUUUUUUUUCGUGCCCAAAUCAACUACUAUUCAUAACAGUUGUAUUAUCAAUUAUUUUAUUGAUUUUCACAAUUUUUAGUGUUAAAAUCCAUGUGUACCUUCCCAUAAAAUCAUUUGGAAGCCUAAUCCCACUAAAUUUUAUUUUUAGUGGAAUAAAAUAAAAUAUUUUUCAAAUUUGUCCAAGUACUUUACUAUAAUUCAAAUUCUUCAAUCCCCAAAAGUUUCAAAUAAAAUAUAUUUUGUAAUAAAUUAAUCUUUAUUUUAAAUUCUGUACAAAUGUUAGAUUGUAUUAUUAUAUAUAAAAUGACAGAUUAGUAUUAUUAUUAUUAUCUUCAUUAUUAUCUUCAUUGUUAUAAUGUUGAAGGUGUUUAAUGGUGUUAAUAUCCAUACAUUAAUUAUUUAUAUUUCUUACUGAUAUCUAUUUUGUUCUCUGGAAUCACUUUGUCUUUCAUAUUGUUUAUAUUAUUUAAAUUUCAUUCAUUUAUCAUUCCAAAUGUACUUUAAAAAAAGAUGAAAAUAUUAUUUAAUUUAUUGAAGGGAAUAUGUGUGUAUAAAAUUAAGAUAAAACUGUUCUAAAACAUAAAACAUAACUAAUUGAUAGAAUAUUUUUUUAUCUGAUUUACUUUUAUGUUGUCUUGUUUAUGCGAAUGUAUGCAUUAUGAUCAACUUAUUAUUUAUAUUAAUUUAUUGUAAUAUUUAACUAUUUACACUAGAAAUUGAACCCCAGGAGCAUAGAUAGAAAAGAAGGCGGAAAGAUAAUAAGAGGUAGUUGUUAGGGCAGACGCCCAUGGCAAAGGAAACACAGGACAGAAUAAAGGGGGAAAUUGAUAAGGCUACAUAGAUAGAUCAUCAUCAACAUAAUUCUCUAUUUGUCUUGCGACAUUUAUGUGUUACAUUAUGUCUGUGUUGGCACCAGGAAUUUCCCGAUGAGGAGUUCAAGUACCAGACAGACUAAACUUCCCCUUAGCCCCCACCGCUGGCUAGGGCUGAGGUGAGAAAAUUUUAAGAAUAGGCAUGGAAAGAUGAUAGCCUUGUUCCCUGAUUGGGGCGUCCACGAUUUCUUGAUGGGAGUUCUGUGCAAACAGCACAGAUCCUUACUGCUGCAACCACUAUACGAUGACAUGCCAUAUGGAACUGCCUUACAUAAGGUGUUCUAUACUAAGACAAUUAUUUUGUUGUAUGACUUUUUUCUUUACAUUUUGAAUGGUUUAAAGCCAUGUAACCUCUGGUCAUCCUCGUGCAUUGUUUCCCUUUUUUGGUAGCCUUUCGAGCGGGCUCUUCGUCAGGCAAUCUCAUAAAUUUUUUGUGAACCUUUUUUGAUAGCGUCUAAAUCUUGUAGGAAUUGUUACAUUUUUUCGAAAUUUUAUUAUUGGUAAAUCAUAAUUAAUAGAGAAGUAUUUCUAAUAAAUAUAUACUUCUCUAUUAAUAAUGAUUUAUCAUUAUUAAUAGUGAAGUAUUUAUUUAUUUAUUCGAGAAGCAUUUCUCUUCAUUGUUCCUUUGUUCUCAGUGCAGUGACACUGUUUUUUAUUAUACAAUUGCAAAAGUACAAAAGUGAAUAAAUUUAGAAUGAAAAUGUAAAUUGUACAUAAAGGAAUUCAUUACAAAAUAGAGGAGAGGCCAGUGCCUACAUGUGAUCAUUAAAAAUGUAUAUUCAUUUGAAUUCUGGUAAUUCCUAGUUAGUAUGUUGCUAGGAAGUUGAUUCCAGCUCGUAGAUGCUGGAUAAUGAAAGGUUACUUUUCCUUGGUCGAUGGUGGAACCACAAGAUAAUUACGUGUCUGACUUCAUUUUUUUAAUAAUUUUUUGAAAAACAAACAUUAAUUAAAUAGGAAUGUACAAGUCUUUGAAGGAGUCUGUAACUCAGACUGCCAGUUUAACAAUAUUUAAAUGUAUUGAUUUGCUUAAUUUACUAAGAAUGAAUGUUAAUAUUUUAAUAAAUGUUCACUGCUUCAAAACAUAUAUACUUGCACAAAAAACAAUAGUGAUAAUAAUAAUAAUAAAUAAUUAACAAUGAUUGUAAUAUUAAUGGACAUAUUUAAAAAUAUUAAAGAUAUACUUGAAAUUGAUCACUCACCAAUUAUCCCAUACUUUCCCCUUAUGUAGCCUUUCUAUACAUUACUAUAAUAAUGUUAAAUGUUUGAAUGUGGAUAAUGCGAUGGAAGUCUAACAUGUUCUCCUUCUAGAAUUUAUUGAUAUACUUACUUUAUUGAUAUACUCAAUUAAUUGUUAGUUCCAUUUUAGUGAAGUUCAUUUUGACUUUAAAAUGUCCCUCCUGUGAGUAUAUCUGUGCUAUAAAAGAUAAUGACACAAAUAUCUAUGAAAAGCAAUGCAAAACAAAUCUUGAUAGCUUUUAUCACUUUGUUCGGAGCUUGCUUCAUUCUCUCAAACUUAUUUAUGGACCAGAUGAUUAUUAUAUUUAGUUUUCAACCAUGUCCUAGAAGAAUAUAUACCUACAUUGACAAAGUGGGAAGAAUUACAGGGAUAUUUUGCCCUGCUGUUAGACAGAUCCA